CCUGGAGUUAGGGUAGGGUACCGUGACUGCACAACACGGGCUUGUGAUUGUGGAGGAAACGCGUUUCGCUCGUACCGUCAACCAACCACCAAAAAUGGCCUUCCAGAGUGUCAAGAACAGCGCCUACUUCUCUCGCUACCAAACCAAGUACCGUCGUCGUCGUGAGGGUAAGACCGACUACUAUGCUCGUAAGCGUUUGAUCUCUCAAGCCAAGAACAAGUACAACGCCCCCAAGUACCGCUUGGUCGUUCGUAUUUCCAACCGCUUCGUCACCUGCCAAAUCGUUUCCUCUAAGGUUAACGGUGACUAUGUUCUUGCUUCUGCUCACUCUUCCGAGCUCCCUCGCUACGGCAUCAAGUGGGGUUUGGCCAACUGGACCGCUGCCUACGCUACUGGUCUCUUGGUUGCCCGUCGUGCUCUUAUCAAGUUGGGUCUUGACAAGAAGUACGAGGGUGUUGUCGAGCCUGAGGGUGAGUUUGAGCUCACUGAGGCUAUUGAGGACGGUCCUCGUCCCUUCAAGGUCUUCUUGGACGUUGGUCUGAAGCGUACCUCCACCGGUGCUCGUGUCUUCGGUGCUAUGAAGGGUGCCUCUGAUGGUGGUCUUUACGUUCCCCACUCUCCUAGCCGUUUCCCUGGUUGGGAUAUCGAGACUGAGGAGUUGGACGAUGAGACUCUUCGCAAGUACAUCUACGGUGGUCACGUUGCUGAGUACAUGGAGAUGCUUAUUGACGAUGAUGAGGAGCGUUACCAAAAGCAAUUCUCUUCUCUCAUUGCCGAUGGCAUUGAGAGUGACCAACUCGAGGACAUCUACGCUGAGGCCUAUGCCAACAUUCGCGAGAACCCUCUCCCCGAGAAGUCUACCAAGGACAAGGCUGCCAUCAAGGCCGAGUCUCUCAAGUACAAGCAAAACAAGCUUACCAACGCCGAGCGCAAGGCUCGCGUCCAAGCCAAGAUUGUUGCUGCUGGCCGUGCUUAAGCGUCUCGCUACAUAUUUGGUGUUUUGUUCUCUUCAGUGAAAUAGACUGUUUUGUGGAGCAAUUUGAUGUAAGAGAGUGGUUGCAGGUCGUGUGUGUUGUAGUGUGUG